AUGAAGCAAUAUCACAUCAUUGUAGGCGAGCAACUGGGUAGACAGAGAAAUCUCUUGAUGAAUGAGGAUAUGCUGGAGGCUGGGACAGCAGAGGAAGGCGAGUUCAGGCCUAGAUCUCGCUCUGCUCCUCCUGCUCUGUGGGCUGCUAAGAAAUAUGGCUGACAGCUAAGGAGAAUGAGCGAUGAGUUUGACAUCCUCCUUGAUAAAGGGAUGAAGAGGGUGAAGAGCGCAGGAACAGCACGUCAGAUGCAGCAAUCACCCAGCUGGUUGGCCUUCCUUUGGAGCCACAAAGAGUCUGAUGCUGAGUCGCGCCCUGCAGAGUGAUUGACAGUGAAUGAAUGAUGGAAGAGGAUAGAAAACAGGACUACUGUACAUAACAAUUGGUGGCAGAAGAAAAGGAUGCACUGCUUUGAAGAGAAGGAACAAUUCCACUGACUGGACCCUUUUCAUGAACUGCACUGGAACCCUUGACUGUUGAAAAGCAUGAACUGUAUCUCACUGGCAUGUGCUAUUCCACAAAGAUGACAAAAAUGGAGAAUCUCCUUCUCCUUUGACUUUUAUUAAGCUCUGGGAAUAUUAUGCAGUAAAUUUCAUCAACCUGAAUGUGAGCUGGAUAUCAGCUUGUUCUAAACACUUUCUGUCGCUCUGCCAUAUCGCUUUUUAGGUUCAGAUGAAAUACCUUUUAACAAAAGCACAUCAAAUGAAGGAAUUAUUAACAAUAUUUUUAGACAGCUGUACAAAAUCUGUUUUUACUGUAAAGGCACUUUAGUCACUUAAGAGGCCUUCUGCUUUAUUGCUAUCUCUGAGUCAUAAAAAUCUCUUGGAAUCUACAACCAACAAUAUCAUUAAGAGCAAGAGUCCAAAAAACAAGAAUGGGUCAAAAUACCCAUGAGAGCAAGAACAGAGGACACCAUUACUGGUAUUACUUGAAAAAGACAAAUUGUCAAUGCCUUGUAACUUUUUUAAAUAGUUGAAAACAUUUUAUUUCAAUGUUUUUUUGAUGUUUGUAACAUGUAUAGCCUGAUAAAAAACCCAAAUAAACCACUUUCAGCACAG